GGCCAUAUAUUUGAUAUCUAUUGUAAUGUUUGUGAAUUUAUCAUUGGCAUUGCCAAGGAAGUUUUUCACGGAGCUUACAUUUCGUCUGAAAAAAAUUCUGGAGUCUGCGGAAGAAAACACGCUUCAACAUCCCUGAGCUUAUAAUGAGGUAAAUGUAAAAUGGCGGAAGGUCGCGAAUGGAUGUAUAAUCGUAUAAAUCGGAUUUCGGGUGAUAUAAAUUUAGAGUUUGUAGAAGGCGGCGUAAAUUAUUUUCUGGACUACGCUUUUACAAUAGCUCAGCGGAAUGGAGAAAGUAUGGUGAAAUGUCCAUGUAAGAAGUGCAAGCUAAGAAUGUAUUUCGAUAGAGAUAAUAUAUCGUGAACGAAUAGAAGAAGUGUAUGGACCGGAUAGAUCAAAACAUCCUGCUUUUGAUUCUCAACUGUGGAAAGAGAUUACUGGUGAUCCAAGGAAAGGGCGCUGGGUCGGUGUACCGGCCCAACUAUCACAUCCCGAACUAUUUCAACCUUCAAAACCGCUUCAGGUUACAUAUGGACUCUUGGAGGAUAAGAUUUUGGAGAUGCAGACUCAAAUUGAUACAAUGAGGGUAGGGAUGGCAGAGCUUAAGGCACAAAAUGAAACUACGAGGGUUCAAAAUACAGAACAAAGAAUGAGCUUCACCACUGCCAUGAGUAAUCUUAGGGGCAUUCUUAUCAACAUGGGUGUGACAAAUCCAAAAAUGAUUAAUCAUCAAUUUCUUUCGGGAGGUUCAUUAUCUAAUCAGCCCCCAUCAUCACUAUACGCACAACGGAACUACAACUCACUGCCACCCUACGGACAACAUCAACAACCGGGAUCGUUUGGCCAACUUUUUGAGAUGACUUACGCUCAAGCGCAGUUAUAUGAUCAACCAUCUUCAUUUGCUGUCAAUGGUUGUCCUCAACCUCCGUCAUCAAACCCACACAUAGCAACAACGCACCUUAAAGCUGGACAAACACAUGCGACUCCUUUGGUUCCGGUACGAC